GUAAACCAAGCUCCAAACAGCCCGUCAUAACAAAACCAAAACCAAACAACUGCGGGAUGCUGCUGGAAAUAAAAAAAUACUGGAGAAACUCAGCAGGUCAGGCAGCAUCUGUGGAGAGAGAGAGAGGAACAGAGUUAAUGUUUUGAGUCUUGUGACCCUUUCUCAGAACACAGAAUCUGAAGUUAAUAUUGUUUUUCUCUCUGCACAGAUGUUGAAUUUCCGUUUUUGUUUUAUUUACUAAAAGCCUGUAGUGUGGCUGCUUGUUCCUCCCCAACAUCUCUCUCCCUCUCACAAACGCACUCUGUCACUUUCUCCUUCCGGACACUGUUCAACCUCUUCGCGCAGAUGCCCCGUUCCUCCUCAGCCGGGACCUUAAAGCAGACGGACCGGAUGUUCGCUCCCCGUACCGGAAGGUGUCCCACUGGAUUGAGUCCGCUGUGUCUGAGAAACAUUGUGCAGAUGAACAAAACAGAGGUGCAGUUACUUUCCGUUGCUACAACUUUCAUCCAGGAUCUUAAGAACAGAACCACACAAUAUCUUUCCAUUUUGGUAAGAAUCAUGGGAGGAACUAAUUCUAAGAUGGUCAUAUUGUGAUGAAGAAAUAGUAGAUGAACAAGUCAUUCGUUAAAUUUUGAUUACAUUACUGAAAGCUCCAAGGAAAAGGACAGAAUCCGGAGUUGUAGCAAUAAUGUUGAAACAUUUAUGAUGUUGGGAAACUUGGUUUUUAAACAUUACAAACGUGCCAACAGCUUCAACCAAUCAUGACGGGUUUACACACUUUGCGCUUUUAGUUUAAGACUACACUGUCUUUCUCUCCAGUCUAAAAUGGAACAUAUUUCACCAGGAAUGCAAGUGUGUCCAUUUUGUGGUAAAGCUUUUAAGCGACUGAAAACACAUCUUCCUCACUGUAAGGUGGCCAGAAUUGUGAACAGUAAAUCUAAUUCUAAAGAGACAGAGCAACCUAUUGCAAUUCCACAGCAAAAAUUAAGUUGCAAAUCUGUUAGCUCUCCAGCAUCAUCUAACAAGAAGACAAAAGUUAAAGCAAACUCAGCAAAGACUUUAACACAGAAGGAAGAAGCAGCAUCACCAAAAAAGAGCAAUCAUUCAAUAGGUUUAGGAAAUGAAUUGUGUACUUCUGUACAAAGUGUUUGGAACAAAGAUAUGAAUGAGCCACAAUCAGGUCAAGAAGAUUUGAUGAACAGGAGAGAGCAAAUCAGAAAAAAAAGUCAACAGUCUGUUAGUCAGACAACUAAAGGACAAUCUAAAUGGGCAAAGAAAGAAACGGUCUUAAAAUCAAAGUCAAAUGAACAUUUUUUAACACUGGAUGAGGAUAAGGUAGAUGCACAGUUAAAAGGUGCUGCUAGAGCAAAAGUGAAGAGUUCUCAAAAGAUUGUAAAUGAUAUAUCUUUAAAGAAAAAACAAGAAAAUAGUUCUUUAACGAUUCCACUGAAUGAAAAAGGAUGCACUGACUUGGUAUCAGAAAGUAUAUUUUGCCCAAAAGGGAAAUCAGUUCUUAAUUUAGAACAAAUUUAUACUCGACCAGAAUUUGAAAAGGAGACAACUGUGUUGGAUCUGAAAGCCUAUGAAAUUGUACCUCAGCUAUCUCGUGCUAUCAAGUCAAAUUCACUUCACUUUACGAGCCAAGAGAAUGCAGAUUCUCAAGAUGGCAUAAGAUGUGAAGCCAGCCAGAAUGAAAUCACAGAACGGAUGGGCUCAAAUACAUCAGUAUCUGAACGAACUCCAGUAAGCAACAUCAAAACUAGUGUGUGGCAUCACAUUGAAAAUAAUUUGUGUAAAGCAAGGACCAGCGUAAAACAGGAAUUUAUGUUGAAAGUGAACGCAAGUGAGAUAAAAGGUAGUUUUGGAGCUGAUGUUUUAGAGACCAGUAAAUGUAAUUCUUCUGCGAAUAAUCACAUUUACAGUGGAAUCAUGACUUCUGAGCAAGUGAAGGAUUUAAAUAAAGAGAAAGGCAAUCCAAGUAUUGAUCUUGUGGCUGUGAAGGGAAUAGAACCAAGUGACUGGAACACAACUGGGGCCAUAAAAUCUGAAUAUGUGCAUUUGUCCCAAAGAAAAAAUGAUUGGAAAGAAGACAUGUUCUUAUCAACAAGCUGCAGGAGAACAGUACGUUUGGAUAAAAGGAUUAAAGAACUUCACCCUAGUCUUUGCACAAAAACUGGAAUAGGGAUGGAGUGGUUUCCUGAACUGUACCCAGGAUACCAUAGCAUUGGACUGAGAAUGCUUCCUGAACAAACUAAACAGUUUGAAACCCCAAUCAGAUUGUCUGCCACUUGGCUUGAAAAAAUAAAAGGUUAUAAUAAGUAUUGCAAUAAAUAUAUGAACCCAAGGAGAAGAGGAGCUGGAGGUGUGAUCGCUUUAGUUUUGGGAUGUGCGCUCUUCAGCUACAUUUGGAAUUAUGAUUUGAUCAAACAUGAUUACAGAAGAAAAUACCAUUGAGAAUUUUGAGCGACGAUGUUUUUCUGAUUCAUUCCAUUCCAGCAUGAAAAAGUUGAAGACAUUAUGUGAAGAAAAAAGAUUAAAAAUUUUACAUUGGAUUUUAAUUGUCUUUUAGUUACUCUGACUAGCAUGUGUAGGAGAGAGCAUGAAUAAGAUAAAAUAUACCUGAGUUGCUUUACUCUGAUAUUUUAAGAUUUUACAAGCUGUAAAUAAAAAUAUUAUUUGUAAGAUUGUCAUUUGUCACUUGUUUUGUCAUUGUUUAUGUAAAGUGAUUUGAAAGUGCACUUUCCUAACUACUGCAGAUAGAAACAGAACUUAAAAUAAAUGGAAUUUCCAAGAAAGUAUUUUGAAAAACUGACUUGUAAGUAGUUAAAUAAAUGGCAAUAAGCAAAAUAGUCUUGUUUCUAAGGUUUUUGGUAUUCAACCAUCAAAAUCUUAUUCCAGAUUUUUUUUUUGCCUAAAAAAAAUCAGCAUUGCGUAGGCAAUAU